UUAUAAAUCGAGAGUUCGAAAUCGUUCGCAACUCUGUGCUUUCGACUUAUAAAAAUAUGUAAGAUAUACAGUAUAAAUUUUACAACAAUUGUGCGUAAUUUUGCGAAGUGCAUAUUAUAUUUUCUUAAAAAAAUAUUAGUGUUAUAAGUACAUUUACUAUUAAAAAUGUCGAAAAUUUUCACACCAACGAAUCAAAUAAGAUUAACCAACGUUGCAGUAGUUCGUAUGAAAAAAGCAGGAAAACGAUUUGAGAUUGCUUGUUAUAGGAACAAAGUAGUUUCAUGGAGGAAUAAACUGAGAGACUUUUAUGCCAUUUUGGGCAUACCAUCAACAGCAAGCCAACAUGCAAUAAAGAAAGCUUAUAGAAAAUUAGCAAAAGAAUUACAUCCUGAUAAGAACAAAGAUGAUCCAAAUGCUUCGCAAAAGUUUCAAGACCUGAGCGCAGCUUAUGAAGUUCUUUCAGACAAUGAAAAGAGAGAGAUGUAUGAUAGAUGCGGAGAAGAAUGUUUAAAAAAGGAUGGAAUGAUGUAUAAUAAUGAUCCUUUUGCAAGUUUCUUUGGUGAUUUUGGAUUUUAUUUUGGUGGAGAAAAUCAACAACAGAAUGAAGUCCCUAAAGGUUCCAAUAUAAAAAUGGAUCUACCAGUUACUUUAGAAGAAUUAUAUAGUGGAAAUUUUAUAGAGAUAACAAGAAAUAAGCCUGUUAUGAAAGCAGCAAAAGGAACUAGAAAAUGUAAUUGUAGGAAAGAAAUAGUUACUCAUCAUUUAGGAAAUGGAAGGUUUCACAUGACUCAGCAGUCAAUAUGUUCAGAAUGUCCAAAUGUUAAAUUUGUUACUGAAGAACGAGUAUUAGAGGUUGAAGUAGAACCUGGUAUGGUAGAUGGUCAAGAGACUAACUUUACAGCAGAAGGAGAACCACAUUUGGAUGGAGAACCUGGAGAUUUAAUUCUAAGAAUACGAACAGAACCACAUCCUGUAUUUGAAAGAAUUGGUGAUGAUUUAUACACAAACAUUACUAUAUCCAUGCAGGAUGCUCUAGUAGGUUUCAAGAUGGAUAUAGAGCAUUUGGAUGGCCACAAAGUAACUAUUCAAAGAGACAAAGUGACUAAACCAGGUGCACGUAUUCGAAAAAAAGGAGAGGGAAUGCCUAACUAUGAAAAUAAUAAUCUCUAUGGUAUUUUAUAUAUCACAUUCGAUGUUGCAUUCCCUGAAGUACAAUUUACGAAUACACAAAAAGAAGAAAUUAAAAAAUUAUUUCAACAAGAGUCUGUAAAUCGAAUUUAUAAUGGAAUAAGGGGAAAUUAAGAACUUUAAGUGCAAUGUAUGUACAAAGUGACAUUAUAAAGUGUGCAUAUAAUUGAAGUGAAUCUGAUGACUUUGUGUGUUUCUGUACCAAGUGGAGUUUUUGCUUCCUUAAAACAUGGAUACCAACAGGUUUGGUAACCAGUUGUUAGGUCAGUUAAAAUGGAUACAUGUAGUAUAACAUAGUAGCCAUUACAGGUACAUAAACUUCCUCUUUGAUUAUAAGAGACUGGUUAUACGUAUACUAUUGCCAACUAUUUGUAUAAAUGUCAACAAUGGUUGGGUAUUUUAUUUAACAGAGUAAGUUAUUUUAUGUUUAAUACGCGUGGGUGGUGUAUGAGUGUUUUACAUGAGCAGGAGAUUUGCAUUUAAUUAAUGAAAAUAUAAUUCAAUGACUGUUUUUGAAUAUUGGAGUCAUUAUCCAAAAUCAAAUAUGAUUAGUGAAGUAUUGUGGUACAAUUUUUCUGUCAUUAUUACUUACAAUAAAAUGUACAAAUAUUUACAUACAAUGUAAAAAUUUUGCAUUAAAUUAUACAUUCUUUCGUAUUUUACAAAGAUUUUUUCAUUAUCUUUGUAUAUAUUCUGUUUUUAAUAAUUAAAGUAUAAUUCUGUCAAAUGCAACACAAGGUGUUGUAAUAUUUUACCGUUUUUCGAAUAGUAACUUCUCUGUUGUUAAUCCGUAAAAAUAAGGUUACAAAUAAAACACAAUUUUUGUAUUUUUAUCAUAAUUCUAAUAAACUUAUACCUGUCGACAUUA